UCACCCGGUGGCAGAUGGAUCCUAGUGGCAUAAAUUAAGAAGACAUCAUCUUAUCUGGUUUCGGGCAUCAACUCAUCAUAAUUGAGACGAACACCCAAGAAGUAACACCUGUGAGAGCUGGAGGUUACCAGUAUAACAAUGUCUCUGCGGGCGCUAUCAGUCCUCACAUUCACCAUCCUCUCUGUGGCCCAGUUGGCUGAUGCCCAGUGCACCUUGCAGCCGAAAGAGAGGAAAAACUGCGGCCAAGAGGGCAUAACCAGGGAGACCUGUGUGGAGAGAGGAUGCUGCUUCGACUCGAGUAUCAAUGAAGCUUUUUGGUGUUACUUUCCCCAGCCGUCUACAACGACCGAAACUGGGACCCAAAGGACGACAUCUGUACACCCAGGAAAUGGAACGAUGAAUGCUUCACAUGCUGGUAACAUAGGAAUGGCAGAAAAGCCUUUGACCACUACUGGCCCAGUGAAUACCACUAACCAGACCACACCAUAUGGAAACGUUGGCAUAGGAAUGGCAGAAGAGCCUCUGUCCAUAACGCCCCCAAUGAACACCACCCUAUCAAGCAGCGUUGGACCUCUCUGGAGUCACCCCAGUUACAUCUGUCUAAUAUCUGUAUUACUUACUACCAUUGCUACCAUGUCUGAUAUAUAAAUAUAGCAGAAUACAUAAGAGGUAAAGGUAAUAUAAUAAUACCAGACAUACUCAUCUACAGAAACGUUCCCUUAAAGCCCUUGAAGGAGUUAGAAUGAACAAAAAGAUGUGAUAAUCACUGAUCACCCCGAUCCUGUUUCCAUACUUCCUGUCCCCACUUCCUGUUCCCUUUCGACACACAGGAAAUGACUUUUCAGCCAAUCGCUGGCUGUGACUGGUCACUGCUGCAACGGUUGAUUGGCUGAGCAGUCAUUUCCUGCGUGUCAAGAAGAGAUCAGUGGAGAACUGGAAACUGUGGGAACAGGAGCUGUGGGAGAUCAUUGAAUAUCACAAUUUUGUUUUUAAACCUUUCUGAUUUUUCAACAAAAUUCUAAUGGCUGGACAACCCCUCCACACACUAAGACUACUUUCCCACUAGCGUUUUUCCAUGAUCCGGCAGGGAUCAGCGAAGACGCAUCCAUUAUCGAUAAUACAACC